ACUCAACUCUAAAAGUUACGCCGGUUUACGAACAGAUUUGUUUAUAUAAUAUUUAUUGUUUUUCCAAAGGUUAUUUAUUCAUAAAGUGAUGGCAAAAGGAGAAGGAACCGAACAAUAUUCCAACAAUAAUUUAUUAACGAAUAAACCGGUCAACUCAGAUGCGGUCAAAUUAGCUGUGAAGCGUGAACAGAAGAACAGGUUGUCCAUAUGCAACAAGCUGUGCUACGCGGUGGGAGGAGCGCCCUAUCAGAUCACAGGAUGUGCUCUGGGCUUCUUCCUUCAGAUAUACCUACUGGAUGUGGCCCAGUUGGACCCGUUCUAUGCGUCGAUCAUCCUGUUUGUGGGGAGGGCCUGGGACGCUAUAACGGAUCCCACCAUAGGCUUCCUGGUCUCGCGCUCUCCCUGGACACGCUUCGGACGCAUGUUGCCAUGGAUCCUGUUCUCCACUCCUCUAGCCGUGGUCAGUUACUUCCUCAUCUGGUACGUUCCUGUGUUUGAGGAUGGGAGGGUCAUCUGGUACCUGGUCUUCUACUGCCUCUUCCAGACCCUUCAGACGUGUUUCCAUGUGCCCUACUCGGCUCUCACCAUGUUCAUCAGUGAAGACCAGAAGGAGAGGGACUCUGCCACUGCUUACAGAAUGACGGUAGAGGUUCUGGGUACUGUGAUUGGCACAGCCGUCCAGGGUCAGAUUGUGGGCAUGGCCAACGCCCCCUGUAUCCCGACGCCCGGUGAUAAUGUCACGGCCGACGGGUUAAACUCCUCCCUGCUGCUGGGACAGGAAGUCAACGCCACGAUCACCACUGUCAUCACCCUGGACCAAACGAAAACGGCCUACAACGUCGCCUCCGGAGCCAUCUGUUCCAUCUACGUGCUCUGUGCUGUGGUGCUGUUCUUCGGAGUCAAGGAGAAGAAAGAGUCGUCUCGGCCUCGGUCAGAACCCAUGUCGUUCUGGCAGGGUAUCAGGCUGGUGAUGGGCCAUGGACCUUACGUCAAGCUGGUGAUGGGCUUCCUCUUCACUUCACUGGCUUUCAUGCUCCUGGAAGGGAACUUUGCUCUGUUCUGCUGCUACACUCUGGGCUUAAGGAACGACUUCCAGAACAUUCUACUGGUCAUCAUGCUCGCUGCGACGCUCACCAUCCCCUUCUGGCAGUGGUUCCUCACCAAGUUUGGCAAGAAGACAGCUGUGUACAUCGGCACCUCUUCUGUGAUCCCCUUCAUGAUCCUGCUGGUGUGUGUGAAGAGUAAUCUCAUCAUUACCUACAUCGUGUCGUUCGCUGCCGGGAUCGGAGUCGCUGCUGCCUUCCUGUUGCCAUGGUCCAUGUUGCCAGACGUGGUGGAUGACUUCCAGGUCCAGAACCCAGACUCUCAGGGUCACGAAGCCAUCUUUUAUUCCUUCUAUGUCUUCUUCACCAAGUUUGCCUCUGGAAUCUCCCUGGGGAUCUCCACUCUCAGCUUGGAUUUUGCUGGGUAUAUGACUCGAGGUUGCACCCAGCCUGAGAACGUGGAUAUAACCCUGAAGGUUCUGGUCUCCGCGGCACCCAUAGGACUCAUUCUGAUUGGCCUGGUCAUAUUCCGCUCUUAUCCAAUCGACGAAGAGAGGAGGCAGGGCAACAGGAAGCUGCUGCAGGAGCAACGGGAAAAUGAGGCAGACUCCAAAACCGACUCCACAGAACUGACCAACAUGGUGUAGGUUCUAGAACACUCAUGGAUCAAUGGGGUGACUGAUUGUUGCUUGCACUAAGGUGGGGCUAAUGAGGGGGCUGGACCUAUCACGAAGGAGAUACUGCUUCCAUCCAAUCACACUGCUGCUUCAGGUCUCUGAACUUCAAAGGAUCACUAACAUAAGGCCAAAACCAGAAAAUGUUUCUAAAACUGCAGCUCCGUAUGGCAAGGAAGGACAACAUAUCUUACCCCCCCCCCAUGAUAUGACUGACGGCCUUCCUGGUUUAAGUCCCGCCCACUUCAGCUAUGACACAUUUUCCCAACAGACGUCACCCGCUCUGUCGUCAGUGUUGUUUUUGGGGUCAAAUCUAAAAUGGCAACCCAUUUCCUAGUGCACUAUAUGGGGAUGUGACGGCGUAAUGGGGACUCUUUACGGUGUCAUUUGAGACCCUUUUUUGAUGUCAAAUUAAUGUUGCACAGAACCUUAAUGUUAUGGGUACAAUGCGUAGUACUGUUGUGUACCAUUUGUUGAUGUAUAUUGCCAUAACUUUAUCUAUUGUAGGUAUAACUUGAACAUCUCUAAUGACUUUAGACACUAGAACAAUUUAUUACAACCCUCAUUUUCUAGGGUGAAGAAGACUGUCCAAAGCUAAAUAAGAGCCUUUUUACUUAUUUUUUUUUUUUUUUUUUACUGGUAUCGAUUACAAAAGUCAGACUUUUACAUUUUUGAUAGAAUAUUUCUACAACAACUUUGAAUAUCAAAUGUUUCUACUAAGUGUGUAUAUAGACUUCAGUUUGGUACUGUGUUGACUGGUAGGGCUACUGUACUGUCUUGACUGGUAGGGCUACUGUACUGUCUUGACUGGUAGGGCUACUGUACUGUCUUGACUGGUAGGGCUACUGUACUGUCUUGACUGGUAGGGCUACUGUACUGUCUUGACUGGUAGGACUACUGUACUGUCUUGACUGGUAGGGCUACUGUACUGUCUUGACUGGUAGGGCUACUGUACUGUCUUGACUGGUAGGGCUACUGUACUGUCUUGACUGGUAGGGCUACUGUACUGUCUUGACUGGUAGGACUACUGUACUGUCUUGACUGGUAGGACUACUGUACUGUCUUGACUGGUAGGACUACUGUACUGUCUUGACUGGUAGGGCUACUGUACUGUCUUGACUGGUAGGGCUACUGUACUGUCUUGACUGGUAGGGCUACUGUACUGUCUUGACUGGUAGGGCUACUGUACUGCCUUGACUGGUAGGGCUACUGUACUGCCUUGACUGGUAGGGCUACUGUACUGUCUUGACUGGUAGGGCUACUGUACUGUCUUGACUGGUAGGGCUACUGUACUGUCUUGACUGGUAGGGCUACUGUACUGUCUUGACUGGUAGGGCUACUGUACUGUCUUGACUGGUAGGGCUACUGUACUGUCUUGACUGGUAGGGCUACUGUACUGUCUUGACUGGUAGGGCUACUGUACUGUCUUGACUGGUAGGACUACUGUACUGUCUUGACUGGUAGGGCUACUGUACUGUCUUGACUGGUAGGGCUACUGUACUGUCUUGACUGGUAGGGCUACUGUACUGUCUUGACUGGUAGGGCUACUGUACUGUCUUGACUGGUAGGGCUACUGUACUGCCUUGACUGGUAGGGCUACUGUACUGUCUUGACUGGUAGGGCUACUGUACUGUCUUGACUGGUAGGGCUACUGUACUGUCUUGACUGGUAGGGCUACUGUACUGUCUUGACUGGUAGGGCUACUGUACUGUCUUGACUGGUAGGGCUACUUUACUGUCUUGACUGGUAGGGCUCUGACUACUGUACUGUCUUGACUGGUAGGACUCUGACUACUGUACUGUCUUAAUCCAGCAUCAGCUGCUUCUGAUCUGUAAUAUAUUGUCGACCUGUUAGUCCCAGUAUCUGCAUACUGUUAAUUCAACACUUUUCCCCCCUCCUUUGUUUGUUGUGUUUAUGUACAUAUUUAGCAAUGUCUGGAAUAAGUUAGAUUUGUAUCAUUUAGUUCCUUUUUUUAAGACCUUGUCUACUAUUUGACACACUUUACAAGGAAGUGAGAUCUCUUAUCGAUUUAUUGUUUUACAAGUCGUGUGUUUCAUACAGUUUGAAACCAACUCAAAUGUUUCCUUCCCCACUUUUCUAUGGGCGGGUUUGUUUUGUAUGGUCCAGUACCCCUGGUGGGUGGAGAUUUCACUUUAAGGACCAAUGCAAUGCUCUAAAAUGUACAAACACUGCCUACCCAGGGCACCGGGCCAUACAAAACAAACUUGACCAUAAGCAUAUUCAACAGGGGUGUAUUCACUAGGAAAGCAAACAGGGAGGAACCUACCUGAAUUCGUGCAAUAUAAACGUUCGCACAAAUGAAUACACCCCAGUGUGGCCCAGAAGAGAUUUGUGUCCAACUUUAUAACUCUAUAGACUGGAGGUAAAAGCUGUGCUCUUCACAGCACUUUCCUCACCAUUAAACCAGAACCACUAUAGCACAACUGUGAACCAAGCUAUUUUACACAGCCUAUACAAUCUAUAGUAUCUCUACUACGUCGUUACUAGUUAACGACGUAGUGUUGUGCAAAACCAUAAUGACAGCUCGUACUAAUCUAGAAAGAGUACAUUUUGAAGUAUUUGAGUGACAUCUGCAGCGUGGACUUUUGAAAAAUAUCCUGCUUUAUAUUCUAGAUUUAUCCUAUUUUUAAAAAUAUAAUAUAUUUUUUAAGGCUGCGGUUGCAACUGAAAUUAGUUCUGAAUGCGUAUGACAAAGUUCUCACUUCCAUGUGUAUUGGGCUCAAAACCUUUUUAUUUGGAAAGUUAACAAUUUUUAUUUAUUUUUUAAUUUUAUUUUUUUAAUGGUAAAUCCUCAGUCUUA